AUGGGCGCCCCCGACCUUCUCACGCGCUCGUUCGCGCCGCGGAUCACGUUCGUGGAUAUGGCUGAAAAGUGGCGCGAUAAUCAGCCCGCGGUUUCCGUCGCAUUCGCCGGCGUCAACAGGGCGCGAAGGGCGCGUGCCGCCGCCGCCGACGCGAGUGCUGAUGCAGCCGAAGCCAGCCUCGGAAGAGCCGACCUGAUGCCGCGGGAUGACACCGUCGAUGCGACCAGGAUCGCAUCGGGCGCGUCAUCAAGCCGCGGCGAUGACGGCGACAAAGGAUCAGAAAGCCGCGCGGCGUGGAGCGUCGCCCUCGGCACGGGACUCGAGCGAUGGAUCGCGGACCGAGGCAUCGUCGUGAGCGAGCCCAAGCACUUCGUCGAUGUGGAGGCCCUCUACGACCUCUACGUUCGCGACGUGCACCCGGAAGGCAAAGCCCCGAACCUCGUCACGUUCAGUAGCAUGGCCGGCAAGACCCUGCGUAGGGUCCUCGCGCCGGCGACGCUCGCGCGACGCGUCGGAAAGCUCAGCGUCACCUGCGAGGCUCUGCCGGCCACUCGAGAGAACUGGCCGCCGCGGAUGGCGAACAAGAAGGCUGAGAAGAUAAAGAAGCACGGCCCGAAGGACCCCGGGCGGUCUCGACCCCACGACCUCGUAAAGCAGGAUAAGGACUCCACCGGCGCGACGUGCGCGAGGUACGUGAGCGAGAUGCUGAAGCUCGCGUGCGGCCCCGAACUUGUUCGGCUCCGAGUCUUCCCGGACGCAAAGGAACUCACCGAGGCCUUCGCCGCAUCCAACGCCAUACGAACGCAUCUCUGGAGCCGUUACAAACCGAACGACGAGCGCGUGUGUUUGAUCGCGGUCGGGGACGGGAACACGCCGAGGAGCGCUGCGCUUUGCGCGUUCCUGACCAGGUGGCAGUGCGUGGCGGUGGACCCUGAGAUGGUGCCGUGGCGCGACUGGCGGAGACGGCACAAGAUUCAGGACGCGACAUGGAGCUCAUGCGAGGUCAAGGAGGGUGACGAAAUCGACGAGGAAGGGGAUACGCACGGGUGGGGUGGGGUCCGGCGGCUGCAGGUGCACAGGCGAAAGAUGCAGGAGAUGGUGGUUGAAUGCGAACUCGCGCUGAUCGUCAUGAUCCACGCGCACAUCUCGUUGAAGGAUGUUCUGGCGGCGGUGAAGACCAAGUCCGGGGAGUGCGCGGCCGUGAUCCUGCCGUGCUGCAACUGGUACUCGAGGCUGGCACACCCGGACGGUGCGACGGCGCCGUGUCACGAGUACGAGGACGACGCGGUCGUUUCGCCGCAGCGGACGGUGCGAGUGUUUUCUUCGCUCCCGUGCGGCGUGUCGGGCGCAGGCGACGGCGUGCCCUGUCCGGAGGUUGUCGCGUAG